UUACCCAGAAUGCAAUGAAUGCCACGUCGAGGCCAUCUUGUUUAUAACGUCAACCGGCUUCUAAAUCUAUUUGGUUUAAGAAACCGAGUCAAUGGGUGCAGCCUUUAGUACAGAGAUUCCAGGUGGAGGGACAGAGGGUUACCAUGUUCUAAGGGUACAACCAGGAUCACCAGGACAUAAGGCUGGAUUAGAGGCUUUCUUUGAUUUCAUUGUUGCUAUUGGAAAUACAAGACUGAAUCAAGAUGAUGAUACAUUGAAAAGUUUAUUGAGAGCAAACAUUGAGAAAGAAGUAAAAAUGGUUGUAUACAGCAGUAAAACCCAGUCUGUUAGAGAAGCUACAAUUAUACCUAGUCAUAACUGGGGCGGUGAAGGACUUCUUGGUGUUAGUAUCAGAUUCUGUUCGUUUGAAGGAGCCAAUGAAAAUGUUUGGCAUGUGUUGGAGGUUAAUCCGAACUCACCAGCUGAUUUGGCAGGACUAAAGUCACAUACAGAUUACAUCAUUGGAGCAGACUCUGUAUUACAUGAGACAGAGGAUUUGUUCACCUUAAUAGAAAACCAUGAAGGAAAACCAUUGAGAUUAUAUGUGUACAAUACAGAUAGUGAUGCAUGUAGAGAAGUUACAAUUACACCUAAUGGAGCCUGGGGAGGGGAUGGAAGCCUUGGUUGUGGGAUAGGAUACGGAUAUCUACACAGGAUACCUAAGCGACAGUUUCCAAGUUCAAAUCCUCUAAAAUCAUUAAAUGAAUCAGUAAUAGUACCAGAUCCACACAAAACACCUGAUGGUUUUGCUGAGGUUAAUUUAUCUAGUUCACCUUUACAAGGUACAGAUUUAACAGCUGGGAUAACAAAUAUAUCAUUAAAUACAGGAACACCAACAAUACCUGUAUUACCAACAGCUCAAAAUCAAGUGGGAGGGGUUCCAUUACAACCUCUUCCCAACUUUACAGCAAGUGGUGCAGCCAUUCCAUCAAAUUUUCCACUACCAACCAUGCCUAAUUUAGGGAAUAUGUCAAUGCCACCAUUAACAACACCUAUCUCAAUAGCGGGGAUGCCUCCUGGGCAGUUACCCCCCUUGUCAUCGUUCUCAAGUACAUUACCAGGUGGAACAGCUAGUGGUGUGACAUUACCGGCAGGUUUCCCAAUGCCAGCUCCAGCUCCAUUACCUAAUAUGCCUACAAACUUUACUCUGCCAACACCAUCACAAGGUGAUUCUAUGUUACCGAACGAUGCAGGAUCUGCUGGUGGCAAUACAUUAGGGAGUGAUGUGGCACAAUCCACGGUGGCAGCCACUGGACAAAAUGUACCUGUGGCGGAAGCAGCAGCUACAUCGUAGUGCUAAUUUGUGUUAAUUUAUAUUUAUAUGUGCAUCAUGCUUCAAAUUUAUAUCCAUGUACAAUAUAAAGGAAAGCAGAAAGAAAGGAAACUUUUUUCAGACUAUCAGCUCAGUUUGGGACCACAGAAAAAAACAAUUGGUUUUUUUUGCAUAAUAAAAAUGGAUUUAUUAAUUGUCAUUACAGCAUACUGUACUAUAAAGUUAUUUAUUGUCAUGUUAUAACUAAGAAGUGAUGCAUUAAAAAGUAUGAACCAUUGUUAGCUCUUUGUGAAAAAUAUGUUGAUAGUUACUUAUCCUGCAAGUUUAUGACAGACUUUUUGCAGGACUAAUUAGUAAUAAAAGAUGUAAGGGAAAGAAAAAACAAAUCGGUGUUUUAGACAUUCUAAAUUUUUCAACAGAUGUGGCAGAAUUAAUUUUUUUACACAAAUGUUGUCCUUCUUCAUUAAAAAAAACGUGAAAAUAUUUAAAAUGCUAUAUUUGAUCUCAAUAAAUAAGAGUUGGAGCGAUUGAGUAGUAUAUUGGUGUGUUUGAUUAGUAUGUAUAUGAAGGUGUGUUUGAUAUUUAGAACUAUGACAUGUAAUAAAAACUUCUAUCUUA